CUUCUUCAAAGUCAACUCUUUCCAAGAAUUAAUAAAAUAGUAUAAAACCACAAACAAUCAUAAAGCAGAAGCUUUGACCUGUAAAUAUAAAUUCACUUAUAUGUGAUUCCUUUUUAUAAUAAAGAAAUCGUUACAUAUCGUUUCUCAAUUAUUAAAUUUAAAAGAAACCUUCAGUCAUUAAACGACUUAAUGUAUAGAAAUUCUUUUUAUAUUUUUACGGUAGGAAAUCACCUAUUAGCCAUACACUUUACUGUACAGUCUCUAUACUGUAUAACACUCAACGGUUACCUAGCGUCUUGGCAUAAACAUUUCCUUAGUUUGUCAAUAGCCAUCAUCAAUUAACAUUAUUAACAUUGCAAACACUUAGUGGUUUGGAAUUCUUUGUAUGUACGAAAAAUAAGUGAUAAGUGACAGGUCUCUUAAGUCUUCAAAGGGAAAAACACCUGAUCUCCAGAUUUGAGCACCUGUUUUAUUUCCUUAUGAACAUCACAAAUUCUACCAACUUAUAAAUAUGAAAGUCGCAAUUUGUGGAGGUGGAAUUGCUGGAUUGAGUACUGCAUUUUAUUUAUCGAGGUUAAUUCCAACAUGUCAAAUUGAUUUAUACGAGCGAGACUCAAGAUUGGGAGGUUGGCUGCAGUCUGUGAAUAUACCAACAGCAACUUCUCCUACGGGAAAUGUAUUAUUCGAACAAGGACCGAGGACUCUACGUCCUUCUGGUUUGGCUGGAUUGGCAACUGUGGAUUUAUUGAAACAACUGAAGAUGGAAAAAAGUAUUAAGCCAAUUUUGAAAGAUUCUUCAAGUGCAAAAAAUAAAUAUAUAUAUUAUCCAGACAGAUUAAAUGUUGUUCCAUCCAGUGGAUUUCAGGCUCUCAAAUCUGUAGUGCAACCUGCUUUUCGAGCAGUACCAUAUGCACUUUUGCGAGAUCUGUUUCAAAAAAAGAAAGUUGGAAAUGAAGAUGAAAGUAUAGGAUCUUUUAUGGAACGCCGAUUUGGAAAAAUGUUUACUCAUCGAUUAAUAAGUUCAUUAAUCAAUGGCAUAUAUGCCGGCAAUUUAUAUUCUCUUUCUAUGCAAUCUACUAUGUUUGGGUUUUUAGCAGAUAUUGAAAGGAAAUAUAGAAGCGUUAUAUUAGGGAUUGUUUUAGCUUCAAUUCGGGGAGAAAUGUUGAAUGAAAAACAAAAACUACUGAAGACUUCUUUACUAAAGAAUGAACAUACCAACGAAUUGUUCAAGUCACUACGAUCUUCUCCGAUGGUAUCGCUUGAAGGUGGAAUUGAAAGCAUAAUCUCUCACUUGAAUGCAGAUUUCAGUGCCUCUUCAAAUGUGAAAGUUCGUUUCAACCAACCAGUUACAAGGCUAGCAUUGUCAGCUUCUAAGGAUAAAAUUGAAGUUAAUAAUUGUCAGUAUGAUUACUCCGUUUUUGCUAUGUCGUCAGAUUCGUUAUCAGAGUUAUUGCCUUGUCCUGCGAUGAACACUCCAACGACUAGUGUUUAUGUUGUAAACUUGUUUUAUCAGGACGCCUCUGUAUUAAGUUAUAAAGGAUUCGGCUAUCUAACGCCUCUUCAUUUACCAAACAACCCAAACCAUAUUUUGGGUGUUGUUUUUGAUAGUGAGCAAAGUAAUCCUGAACAAGGGGCGAAACUUACGGUUAUGAUGGGAGGACAUAAUUAUGCUAAAGAUCCUAAAUCGAUCCCAACCACACCUGAAAAAGCCGUCAGUUAUGCAACAGAGGCUAUAAAGCAAUCAUUAGGCAUAUACACAUCCCCGGACGUCGCCAAUGCAACUUUACAACGGAACUGUAUUCCCCAGUACAAGGUAGGCCACCAACACCAGUUGGAUAAUCUUCAGUCAUGGGUUGACGACAAUCUCCGGGGGCGACUUCAUCUUACCGGAAGCUGGUAUAACGGAGUUAGCAUUGGAGAUUGCAUCUUAAAUGGUUAUAAAACAGCACAAGACAUCGCCCUGAAGGCACAAUAAAUCUGUUUUAUCUAACGGUCUUAUAUUCAAACUAUCCUUACAAUAUACUUGGCUAUUAAGUAACAAUUCAUUAAUGACAAUCAAAGUCAUCUAUAAUCUAACUUUCAUAUGAUCAUUAUCCAGUUAAACUGAAUUCCCGUAGUAAACGGAUCAUCUCAGUUUUACUGUAUCUCUAUAAAUAAAACAAGGUUAAAGUUCAUCUUCAAAAUCAUCA